CUUGAUGGGGGCCCAUUGCUUUAUUUAAUUCUCAAUUAAAAAAAUAAAAUAAAUGAUUAGCUUGCUUCCUUAAUAGACUGGUAAAUGAAAUGCGUUGAGAGUACGGGAAAAAGGAAUUUCACAAACAGAGAGGAAAUCCACCAUUUCAUUCUGUUGCUGUUUUGCUGCUAAUCCACUGUUUAAAUUCCAACCCAAAAGGAAAGCAAUUUUCUGCAGUUGCAGAGAAAGAGAAACAGAAAAAUAGAUUAGAGAGAGAAAACGUCGUCGUUCGAUGAGGGAUGUCUGGUCGUCGUAUGUGGCUUUUCCUUCCCUCUCAUAAACGCAAAUGAAUUCUGAAUUUCUCUUCUUUCUCUGAGUUACUUCAUCAUCUGAUCGAGCAGACUAGUUGAUUUUCGCUUAAUUUUCAGAAAUGGAUGAGAACUUAAACGAUAACGCGUCCUUGAUGGUUCGCAUCCAACAGCUGGAACAAGAGCGUGAUGAAUUACGCAAAGACAUUGAACAGUUGUGUCUGCAGCAAGCUGGACCUAGCUACCUACUUGUGGCUACUAAAAUGCAUUUUCAAAGGACAGCUGGCUUGGAACAAGAGAUUGAGAACUUAAAAAAGAAGCUAUCUGCUUGCUCAAGAGAGAGUUUGAAUCUUCAAGAGGAGCUUUCAGAAGCUUACAGAAUAAAAAGCCAGCUCGCUGAUCUUCACAAUGCAGAAGUUGUAAAGAAUAAGGAAGCAGAGAAGCAGGUUAAAUUUUUUCAAGGCUGUGUAGCUGCUGCUUUUGCUGAACGGGAUAAUGCAAUAAUGGAGGCUGAAAAGGCAAAGGAGAAAGAGGAGUUCAUGUCACGAAAAUUCAAUGAUCUACAGAGGAGGAUAGAAGAGCUCUCAGCGGACUGCAUUGAACAGAAGAAAUAUACUGAGAAACUACAGGUUGAUUUAACGAUGGAAGAGGAGCAAAAUGAGACUUUCAAGAAGGUUAUUAACAAGUUUUAUGAGAUCAAACGGCAUUCCCUUGAGGUAUAUGGGGAUGUAAGUUGGGAUGAUAAAUGCGCAAUUCUUUUGGAUGAUCCUAUGGAAACAUGGAGUUACAAUGAUGCAUCAACAGCUAAAUAUAUUAGUGCCUUAGAAGAAGAGCUGCAGACACUGAGGAACUCUAUAGAUAAACUUCAGAAUAAGCUGCUGGUGGGUUUGGAAAUAGAAAAUCAUUUAAAGAGGAGAGUUCUUGAAUUGGAAAAGAAGAGAAUACUUGCAGAUGAAAUGAUAAGGAAAGAGAUUGCGGGAUUACGCAAUUACCAUUCUCGUCAUAAAGUUGACAUAAUGAAUUUACUUGGUGAUGGAAUGACCCAUAUCAAAUCCAUUAUUGGUUGCAUAGACGAAAAGAUUAGGCAAUUUGAUAUAAGCAGAGCUCAAGAUUUGGGGUCUACUCCAAAAGAAGUAAACCAAGAUGAAUAUGAAUGCCGAGAUGUUCAUAUAAAUACUGAUGUGGGUCAUGACUUACUUUCUGAGAGGAAUAGCGCUGGAUUAUCAGACAUUAUGGCUCAUGUGAAGGCUGAUGCUUCUGAUGCCCUUGCACAGGCAUUGCAAGAGAAGGUUGCAACAUUAUUGCUUUUAUCACAGCAGGAGGAAAGAUAUUUACUGGACAGAAAUGUGAAUGCAGCUCUCCAGAAAAAAAUAGAGGAGCUCCAGAGAAAUUUACUUCAGGUUACUAAUGAAAAAGUAAGAGCUCUAAUGGAGUUGGCACACUUAAAACAGGAAUACCGACUGCUUAAAGAAAAACUUGGUGGUUGUGUGGAUAAAGAAAGUUUAUCGGCUGAAAUUGGGGAUAAGAAACCUGAUACUCAAGAAAGAGACGGAAGGUUAAGGAACCUGCUGAAGAAAGCAAAUUUGAAACGUUGGGUUGGAACCCUAGACUUCAGGGGAAACGAAGCUGAGGUCCACAUGGAUGGAGAAGGGAAUUUCUCUAGCAAGAGAUUCAAUAGCAUUGAUUUUGCAAGAAUGAAAAUUGAAAAUGCAAGCCUCAAGGAGAGCAUGGAAAGUAUGGAGCAUCUGAUUACUUCAAUUCACAGGCUCCGUCUGUCUCUUUUGAAGGCCAAAGAAUCGGUGACUUCCCAAAGUACAGGUAUUGUCAUGUCAGAAAGUCUUGAUGAGAUUAUAAAUGAGGCAAAACUUGUGAAGACUGCACUUGGCAGCUCCCUACCAAUUAGUUGGUCAGCGGAGGCAGAAAUUGGAUUUGAUGGUGAAAAUAUCAGCAAUGAGUCGGGUGAUAGCUAUGGGAACGCCAGCAGUGAGAAGAUUGAUUCUGUAUCUGCUGCAGGGUUUGAGAUGGUGGAGCUUUUGAUACUUGCAGCACAUAUAUUGAAGGAGUACCCAAUGAAAAGCAAUACCUGACAUGGGUGCAGAUGUCUAUCAAGGUAGUCAGUGAUUUCAAGCAUGAUUGGUAACUUUCUGGAGGUAGUUCUAAAAGGCUCCUCCACGAUGGUUUUGAUGCCAAACAUGUUUGUUAACUUUCUAGUAAUUGACUGUAAAAGGGUCUGAGGGGCGGGAUUGAAAGGCGAUUCAGUUUGAAGAAUAUUGAAACAUAGGCAGCAUGAGGAAGGUGAACAUAAAGAGUGCAUGUAAUGAAGGGUGUCUGGAAGGUUGGAGCACAUAUUAUGUUGUACAAUUUAUAUUGUAAGGAUGGUGUUUUGGGUGGAAGAAGUCUGUCUGUAUUCAAUCCCUGAAAAACAAAAGCAAAAAGUAUUUCUCAGCUGCUCAUGUAAUGUACAGUGGUUUUAGUUUGGGUUGAGAUUAUUUUGUUGGCAUAGAAUCUGAGCUUUUUUCAUAGCCUUUUCAA